GGCCUCCAUUGUUUUUGAUUUUGGUGGCUGGAAGCUGAAGGGCUGAAGUACAAGGUACAAGCUCAAUAUAAGAAGGCUUGUGUACUUUCCCACGCACAUCUGUGCCUGUACUGUACACUGCGUCUCUGACUGUGAGCAACGCAGAGAAAGACAUGCGAAAAGCUGCUGCUGCUGCUCCUAGUUACGAGGUGAUGACGUUAUGAGACACUUCGGAGGUCGAAACGCAGUCAUUCAGGGAAUGUCCUUGCCAUUUAUUGGCAACUAAUGAUUUUAUAAGCAGUCUGCGCGAAUGUAAAGAAGACUUGACUAUGGCAGCUGCCUAACAUGCAUCAAUGCGAGACGGGCCAUGGACUAUGUGUCACGCAGAGACUUCUACCAAAGGAGGUGUUUAGGUGCUGCUUUCUUUCUACUGCUUGCAUACGCCGUGAUAGUGGAGUGGGCAGUGUACUUCCUCAGUCCCUGGUGGAGUUGGCCAACACUACCGCUGCAAAAUGAAAUAAACACUCGUGUGCUCGUUGUCGGUGAUCCACAGUUGCUUGGAUUGGUGAAUACUGCGCCAGGAUUCUUCGGUGCUGUUGAGCUAUGGGAUGCUGACAGGUACCUCAGGAAAACAUUCAGGAGGGUACAUCGUUUCUUCAAACCCCACGUCGUCCUCUUUCUUGGAGACGUGUUCGACGAAGCCGAGUUUGCGACAGAUGCACACUUUGACAUAUACUUUAAGAGGUUCCUCAGCGUGUUCUCGGACCUCAACAUGGCACAGGCGAUCAUCAUCCCGGGUGAUAACGACAUAGGCGGAGAGGUCACUCCUCCCAAGAAGCGCAUGAUCCGGAGGUUCAACAGAUACUUUCGUAGCGAUCCAGUCGUCUCUCACGACAAGAUUGAUUUUGUCAAGGUGUGCUACGUGACAAGGUCGUACGCUUACCGUGCGUUCUUGAGAGACAAGGCCGACCACGUCAGAGUGGUAGUGUCGCAUCUGCCGUUGACUCCCACGUACGGCAGCUACGUGAAAGAUAUAGUACGAGAGAUAGAGCCCGAUCUUAUAUUUUCUGGACACGACCACUUGUCCGAGUACAUAGCGACUGGAAGAGCGAAUAAAAUGGUGGAGAAAAUGGCACUUCGUUUCACCAUGGAUCUGGUUGCGGCCCGGCUCAACCUCUCAGAUGGGCACGUCCACGAGAUUCAGGUCCCAACCUGUUCCUACCGCAUGGGCACGUACAAUGUUGGCUACGGAGCUGCCAUAAUUGAUCCGGACCGUAUCGUGACUUACGGAGUGCUCUGGUCGCCGCAGCGUCUUGCCCAUCUUUUUGGCUACCUUGUAGUGUUGACUAUCAGCCUGCUGCUUGUGCUUGUGGCAGUCACUUCACCACAGAGUGUGCUCUACUUGAAGAUCAUGUUCUGCAGAAAACAUACUUGAGUGCAAGCUUACCCCCUAGUCAGAGAGGUGAUAUUUUCAUUAUUUGCCGAGUCAUCUUGCAGGGUGAUUACGUGGCUCCCUUCCCUGCACAGCUCAAUGGUGAUCACAUGUUCAGUCAAAUGAGAAGUGCACAAAUGACACAGUUUGAUUAGACAUCAGCAUUUAGGGCCAGGAUCUCUGUUUACUGUUCCGGUCACUGAGUAAGUCGUUAUGCAUUACAAGGGUCCAGCCAAGACGUAUUUGUACACGCGUUACACGUUUGUCCAUAAUUAACUGUCGUACUCUUUUUAAUGGCAGGAUAAGAAAAGGUUUGGAUAGCCAGAUCACCGUAAGACAUGCGCGACUAGCAUGGGAGCUGGGAGGCCGUAUUUUGAUUAUGAGAGGGAUGAGAUUGCUACACGGCGACCCUUCAGAAACGCCUCUCCCCGCCUCCCACACCUCCGGGCUUUUUGCAGUGCCAGGAGCUUUUCGAUUCCACUGCUUGUAUUACACAAAACCGACACUAAAAAGUUAGUUUGAGUUAAUAUAGAUUGCAUCUAGAAUCACAAAAAGCAAAAAAACAAAACAAAACAAGAAAAACAUCAAGCAGGAAUUUCUUCUUUUAUUCACUAAAGUGAACUUCUUUGUCAGGCAUCGCGGCCCACUACCACAACCUACCUUUCUUUCUUUUUUUACGCAUAAUGGUGGGCAGAGUGUGACCUAAUGACAGCAUUCCCUUUUUUACUAACAUGGAGGAAAACUGAGAGGCAAGGACGAAAAUGAUAAACACGCGCACAGAUCCUGAAUUCUUCAAGUUCCUGAUCUGUUUCACUAUAGAAUUGAACGGCAUCGUUUCAUAUGUCGUAGUUUGUGGAGCCGGCAUGCAAAGUCCCACAUUCCUUACUUGAACCUCCGUUUUUUUUGGCAAUCAAUCACGUUUUAUGGCAAAAGAUGCCAUAAAGGAACCGGAGAGAAAAAAAGAAAACAUGUGGACGCGAGUGAAAAGCGUGUUAAAAGUAACUUGGAACUUAACUUCAGUUACCUUGGCAAAGUUACUUGAAAAAGGAACGAGUUCCUCUGAAAGUUACCACGACGCAAAAGUACCGAGUUAAGUUACAAGUUACCAAAAAAAAGGAACUUAGUUACAGUAACGAGUUCCUUCGAACUCUGCAGAGGUGUGCAAUGUGUUCGAGCGCUGGUGUCUUAGGGCAGUGGUUCUCAAACUUUUUUGGCCCGGGGAACCCUUUGGACCUAGCCAAAAGGACGAGGGAACCCCUGUUCCUAAACAUGAGCAGUACAUCAGAUAUCACGUACAUCAGGCCUCCACGAAGAGGUCACGGAGCUUCUCGCUGGCACGUUCCAGGCCUACUCCUUUGCCUAGUAAGGGGUCUGUCAACGGGUCAAAGCGCCCAUUAACCCAUAAGAAGAAGAAGAAGAACAACGGAAAGAGGCCGCGAACGAACUCCGCAGCCGCGGUGCGCGUGCUUCUGGCCUGCCGAGCGAGCUUGGGUGGGGGAAUUGAAGUUCUGUGAAUGGAUAGGGGCCGAGGCGGCAGCCUUCUUGCGGAACCCGGGAAGGCAGCUCGCGGAACCCCUGUGUUCCGCGGAACCCAGUUUGAGAACCACUGUCUUAGGGGAAUGUCUCACCAUCACGUGGAAGCCACUAUCCGCCGUAGGAACAUUUUACGUGCGAGCGAAAAGUAUGAACUAUAAAAAACUGCCUUUUGAAUUAAGCAGCUUUUUCAAAGCAUUGCAAAACGUAGUGGGCUAAACAAAAAUUUGAAACCUGCUCCUGUCACCAAACGUAUAGAAUAUCCGAGUUUACAUUAACGCGAGUCUACUUCGUGUAUCUUCGGCGCAAUACUUUAGACCACUUGUUGGUAACCUUUCUCAGUGUUUGAGAUAUGUUUGAGACAUGCAUGCUGACAGACACAAAUGGAUGAGACAAUCUUAUUACCUGUUCCCAUUUUGCUCAUCAGCAAUUGGGAUAGACAUAUUUACGCGACUUAUUGCUUUUGUAUUCUCGUUGCUCUCAAUUAGUCCGUUCUGACGUUCUUGUCAUGUUGCAUUUCACAAAAUUGCCUUCAUGCACAUUUGUAAUACACUUACUACGACAAGACCAUAAGUAGGGCCUGACUUUUUCGGGUUUUAUUUUUGGCCAAAUUCGGGGGGUAAAUAUCGGGUGAUAUUUUUCAUUUGAAAAUUCGGGUGUAUUCGGGUUAAAUCCCGUUACGGCAUAUUCUGUCGUCAGGAAUUCGGGCGUAUUCGGGUGAUUUUUUUUUGUUUAAUAAAAAUUUGUCUUAACAUGGAACUAAUGUUUAGCAGUGUUAUCAAACUUUAUUUUAAUGCACGCUUACGAGUGUGCCACGCGACCCGGAUGUUUUCGGGUAGAUUCGGGUUAAACCCGAAUUUUACAGAUUUCGUUCGGGGGGUAAAUAUCGGGCGGAUACGGGUUUAACCCUAAAAAGUCAGGCCCUAAUCUUAGUGUUUCGCUGAAUCUCAUCUUACGGUGUUUCGCUGAAUCUCGUCUUGCGGUGUUUCGCUCUUAGAUCGGAACUAGUCCUACUCGAGUGCUUUCAUCACAAGUAUUUCAGGCACGGUGUUCCACCACCAUUUCCUGCUUGUUAUUUGUGAGGAGAAUCUCAUAUUCUUGCAGAUAACCCUGCAUUUUGGACGUACAGUGAUGCAAGUAAACUGAACGUGGCCAAGUUCUUUGCUCGUAAGCGUGCCUAAUAUCAGAUAUGUAAGACAGAAGGACAUGCACGCAUCAAGUGCUUCACGUGUAAUGUCCAUGUUAUGCCCUGCAUUUACAACGGUUGUCAUGUUACGGAAAAGGCGAUUGUCGCUGGCCUCCUUGUACGAUGUAUGCGAGGCAUUUAUCGACAAACUGCAGAGUAGUUUUACAAUCUCAACCGAGCGUACAGGUCCACCACGAAUAUUUCGGUCUUUGCGUGCCACGGGAAUAAUAGUCUACUCUCGCAUCUUGCCUUUAUACAUGUUAACCUUUUGUACUGCAUUUGGGAAAGGGGGUGAAAUCCUCCCCCCGUGAACCCAUCCCCGUAGAACCCAUCACAAAAUGUUUCUCUGGCUAUGCUGCUGGGUUCUAAGAUGUUAAGUCCCAGUGGCUUGAGUCUCUCUUCACUGUUUUGUUGCAAAGCCUUCUUUUGAAAUAAAUUAGCGUUGUAUCUUGGA